UUUCUUUUCUUAUAGAAUAGUUUUGUCCUCUAAGUUUAGCCACAUAACCUCAAAAUCUGACAGUUAUUUCUUGGGGAACUGCAAUUUUAUUAAAAUAGUAAAAGACCAAGGUUGCCGGUAAGUAGCUAGCGAGCUAACCGUGGAGGAGGAUAAUGAACGGAGACGCUUGCAGUGCGCUGAUGCACGAGGACAGCGGAACGGACAGUCCGAACGAAGCAGCGCUGCUCGCGCUCAUGGAGAAAACCGGCUAUAGCAUGGUCCAGGAGAACGGCCAGAGGAAGUUCGGCGGACCCCCACCAGGCUGGGAGGGGCCCCCGCCCCCCCGGGGCUGUGAGGUGUUUGUGGGGAAGAUCCCCAGGGACAUGUAUGAGGAUGAGCUGGUGCCCGCGUUUGAGAGAGCCGGCAGAAUCUACGAGUUCAGGCUCAUGAUGGAGUUCAGCGGAGAAAACCGGGGCUACGCCUUCGUUAUGUACACCACCAGAGAGGCUGCCCAGAGAGCCAUCCAGAUGCUCGAUAACCAUGAGAUCCGUCCGGGGAAGUUUGUGGGGGUGUGUGUGAGUCUGGACAACUGCAGGCUCUUCAUCGGCUCCAUCCCCAAGGACAAGAGGAAGGAGGACAUACUGGAGGAGAUGAGCAAGGUGACAGAGGGCGUGGUAGAUGUGAUAGUGUAUCCCAGUGCUACAGACAAGACUAAGAACAGAGGCUUUGCCUUCAUAGAGUACGAGUCUCAUAAGGCUGCUGCUAUGGCCCGCAGGAAGCUCAUACCAGGUACGUUCCAGCUGUGGGGCAGCACCAUCCAGGUGGACUGGGCGGAGCCUGAGCGUGACGUGGACGAGGACACCAUGCAGCAGGUGCGCGUCCUCUACGUCCGCAACCUGAUGCUGUCCACCACGGAGGACGCCCUGCGCCGAGAGUUCUCCCGACUCCGCCCCGGCGCCGUGGAGCGCGUCAAGAAGCUCACCGACUACGCCUUCGUCCACUUCCACUCCCGCGACGACGCCCUGGCCGCGCUGCAGCGCAUGAACGGAGCGUUGAUCGACGGAGCGGCCGUGGAGGUGACACUGGCCAAGCCCGUCUGCCGGGAGGGGGGGAGGGAUGGAGGGAUGGGGGGAGUCGGAGGAGGAGGGGGAGUUGGGAUGGAGAACAUGCGCUCCCUCCCCCCUCGUCUGGGCUCCCCCUUCCUGCUGGGGCUGUCUGCGGGGGGGGACGGGGGGGGCGUGGGGGGGGAGAGGUGUGUGUACCCCCUGGUCCCGGGCGCUCCUCUCUCCCCUACCUCCCUGCAGAGCCUGCGGCCCGGGCAGCUGGCCUCGGCCGUGUCCCUGCUGGAGCUCUGCUGCCUCCACAACUCCUGGAGCGCCCCAGAGUACCUGCUGCUGUCCUGCCCCGGGCCCCACCACAAGACCCUGCUCAUCUACAAGGUGGUGAUCUCCAGGAGCAGCUUCCUGCCUGAUAAGCUGUGCUCCUGUGUGGAGGACGCCAAGGAGCUGGCCGCACAGAACGCUCUCUGGAGCUUGGACUGCUCCUUCCUGAGUGGGGGUUCUCCCAGUAGCUUGUCUCCUCCCAGUGCCGGCCUGCUGUCAUACAGCUGCAGAGCCUUCCCCUGCCCCGCCUUCCCCCUCUCCCCCCUUUCCCCCCCGCUGCCCACCAGCCCCCUCCAGAGGAUCUACCUCCCCAACCAGCCCUCCGCCUUCUUCUGA